CCUUGGCCCCGCCCCUUUCUGCCGCGCUUCGUUCUCUCGUGCUUCGAAGGCGAGGGAAUGUGGCCGGCGAAGGAGGCUUCGUUGCCCGGAGGGCUGCCUUCCGCGGCGGGCGACGGUUGCCUCCCUCAGAAAUUUUGUAGAACAUCCACCUCCAACACUCUGAAGAUUGACAAAUGUCCUCAGUCUUUCCCUUCUUCAGGGAGAUUUGAUAAUAAGACGGGAUGUGGAGACUCAGAGAAAUGGGAUGACAAUGACAGUGAGGCUGAUGACAGAGGGACUUUAGAUGAAACCUCUCUCUUAAAUAAGUUGAUAAGAGAAUCAUUAGUGGAAUCCUGCCAUCAUGUGGAAGUUCUACAGCGUGAUCCCAGCUCACCAUUGUUUUCUGUGAAAACCUUUGAGGAAUUACAUUUAAAAUCUGACCUGUUGCAAGGUAUUUAUGCCAUGGGCUUCAACAGACCAUCCAAGAUACAAGAAACAGCACUACCGAUGAUGCUUGCUGACCCACCCCAAAAUCUUAUAGCACAAAGUCAGUCAGGGACAGGCAAAACGGCUGCUUUUGUUCUUGCUAUGCUGAGCAGAGUAAACCCAAACAACACAUUUCCACAGUGCCUCUGCGUGACCCCUACAUUUGAACUGGCUGUGCAAACUGGACGUGUAGUUGAGAAGAUGGGAAAGUUUUUUGUCAACGUAAAUGUUGCGUACGCAGUUCAAGGGAAUAGAGUGGCAAGAGGAACUGUAAUAAAAGAACAAAUAGUGAUUGGAACCCCUGGGACCCUGCUAGAUUGGUGUUUCAAGCUAAAGUUUAUGGAUAUACGAAAGAUACAAGUAUUUGUGCUGGAUGAAGCAGAUGUCUUGAUGAGCAAACAGAAUUUUUCAGACCAGAGUGUCCGUAUUCAGAGAGCUUUAUCUCAAGAUUGCCAGAUGCUUCUCUUCUCAGCAACCUUUGAGGACCCUGUGCUACAGUUUGCAAAGCGCAUCGUCCCUGAUCCAAACAUUAUUAAGCUUCGCCGAGAGGAGCUGACUCUCAGUAAUAUCAGACAGUAUUACUUUGAGUGUGAGAACAAGGAAGAUAAAUACAGAGCCCUAUGCAAUAUCUAUGGCAGCAUCACUAUUGGCCAGGCUAUCAUCUUCUGCCAGACUCGUAAAAAUGCUAAAUGGUUAUAUUGGUCACUGGUAAAAGAUGGACACCAAGCAACCCUGCUGAGCGGAGAACUUACCGUUGAUCAGCGGGCAGUUGUGAUCCAGAACUUCCGUGAUGGGAAAGACAAAGUCCUCAUAUCAACCAACGUCUGUGCUAGAGGUAUUGAUGUGAAGCAGGUCACAAUCGUGGUCAAUUUCAGUCUGCCUACAAAAGGGUUGCAUGUGGCUGAUUUUGAGACUUACCUACACCGCAUAGGUCGAACAGGUCGAUUUGGGAAGAACGGUCUAGCAUUUAACAUGGUUGAAAAACAUAAUGUACCACUUCUGUUCUCAAUUCAAGAGCAUUUCAAGAUUAUUAUAAAGCGCCUUGAUUCUGAAGAUAUAGAAGCACUGGAAGAAAUAGAAGACUGAAUUUUUCCAAUUCUGUAUCUUGGUUAAAAGUAUUUUCCAGAUAUGGAUAUUUUGUUUCAUAAAGUUUUUAUUUAGUUUCUGUGAGUCAUUAUGGUGUAUCUAAUGACAUGAUCAUUGUUGCACUUUUGCAAUGUUGGCAAAGCCUAAUCAACAUAUGAUCUACAACAAUAUAACACCACAGUGAAUAUG